AUGCAAAUCGCUACUAUUCUUCUUACGACCAUGGGCUAUCUAGCUACGACAGCGGUAGCAACCAUCUUCACACAACAGGAUACAUGGCCUUAUCCAUCCAAUGGUGUUCUUGGAAAUGGUGGUGCUUGCGACCAGCCAGUCUACUGUGUAAGUACUACCUCCUCUAAAACUUCAAAUAUCACUCUACUACCCCAUCCAAGAUACAUCAACAGAAACACUGAUGAACAAUAUACAUAUAGGGUGCUACCAUUCAAACCGCGGAUUUCACAAACCCACAAGAGAAGUGUGAGAACUUUUAUGUCAAACCGGAUCCGAACGAGAAAAGGCCAGGGAAGAAGGAGUACAUAUAUAGUAAAUCCAAGAGCUCAGGUUUAA